AUGGAUAGUUGUGAACCUCCACUUUUCAAUAAUCUUCUUAAACUGUGUGACACUAAAGAUGAAGAUACUUCAUCAAGUAAAGUUCCAAGGAGAGGGAAUCCGAGCAGUUUGGAUGGAUCAUAUUGUGCUUCCUGUUUGAGACUAUGGAGGGAUAGCAGAUACUACAGUUGGGGUUCUUUAUACACACGCUCCUCCCUUUGUGCAGAAUGUCAAAAAGGUAGGGCUAGACAGGACUACAUCAGUUACUGGGGCUGCUCCCAAUACAGAGUUGGAUCAUGGAGACUGCGACAAAAAUGGAUGAAUCCAGAUUUUGGAUGGAUGUUUACAAGUCGAACAGAAGCACAGAAGUCAACGGAUAAAAUAUCAAAGUCAGAACUGAGCACAGAAAGGUCAUGGUCCAAGGAUUUUACAACAAGGUCAUACUGUUCAAUAUCAAGGUCAGAAUUAAGUGCAAGAUCAGAGGAGAUUACUCCAAGGUCACAGCCAGACCUAUUUACAGGAAAUCAUAUAAUCACAAAGUCAAGCUCUGCUAGUAAUACUGGCCAAGGUAAAGAAAGUGAAAACUAUGACAACGCAGACAUUUCUGUUGAUUCUCGUGCAAGUUGCAGUUCUCCGAAACUUCCACAAGAGAGACGUCAACGAAGUAAGAGUCCAUGUCUACAAAAAGUAGAUGUAGCAUCAAGGAAACAAAUGUUUGAGCAUUCAAACAAGCAAUCAGGAAAGAUGGCAUCUGGUCAUGCUAUCAAGAAUGAACCAACUGUAGAUGACGGUAGGAUAGACAUACCAAAGCUAAAUCUGGAUGAUUUGGACAUCCCUUACAACAGUCCUGUGUACCACUUUCCUCUGACACCAAAACACAUACCAACUGUUGCAAGGCCUAACCGCUGGGUUGGAUAUGGUUACUUCGUUGGGACGGCAGAGCUGACUAGUGACACUGGACAUCUGCUGUGGGUUCGUCCACGUGGCGAGUUGCAUGUUAUCUUCAAAUAUGCAGACACUGGACAGGAUUUCAUGUGUUUUAUUGAUCCCCAGUAUACUGGUGUCAGACUUUGCCAGAGAAAGCCAGACGGAGAGUUAACAGUUAUUCUUGAUGGAAGAGAAAGUCCACAAUACAACAACAGUUGUCAGCGUGUGUCGUCUGUGACUAGGUAUCCACCACAACACAACUUUAAACUCGUGUCUUAUCUGGGAAGGAUCGAGCUGCUACUUCAGGCCAAUAAAGACAAUACUUUACCAACUGCUCAAAGAUUUAAAAUCAACUUUACAAUGACUUUGUAA